AUGCCCACAUCGGAACCUCAAACCCAGGAGGCACCAAGGGAAAGUCCACAAGGACUGACUGGAGAGGCUAAGGGAGAAAAACCGUUUCCAUAUCGGUUUGUGACGAAGAGGAAGAAGGAAAACCCUGUGGAUUUCAUGUCGAUCUUUGGGAAACUGGAUGUCACCAUACCAUUCCUCCAAGCCGUGAGACUGCCCCCUCUGGGGAAGUUUAUAAAGGAGUUUAUAGCCGGAAAGGCCCAGGAGGAUGGGAAAAUCAUGGUGGAAGGAAUAGCGUCACCCAUUGAAAAGCUCCAAGCUUUGGAUGUGUAUGCCCAGGCUGAUGUGGAAGCAGCUGCAUGGGGCGUUGUGGUACCGGCCAGUAUGGAGGAAAAAUCAGAUGCCGAACAAGAGCAAGAGGAGGAUUCAAAGAAGAACCCUCUACCUACGGACACACUACCCCCGCAAGUGGAGUUGAAAAAGUUGCCAGCGAACCUUAAGUAUGCCUACCUAGGGGAGGAAGACUCAUUCCCUGUAAUCAUCAAUAGCGGGUUGACUGAAGAGCAAGAGGCAAGACUACUAACUGUGCUGGGCAAAAACAAGAAGGCUAUUGGAUGGAGCCUUACGGACCUGGUAGGUAUAAGCCCGGACGUCUGCAUGCACCACAUUAGGCUGGAGGAUGGAGCCAAGGCACAUAGAGACUCUCAAAGAAAGGUGAACCCAAACAUGCGGGAAGAGAUACUGAAGGAAAUCUUGAAGUUGCUCUCACUGGGCAUUAUAUACUCGGUACCAGAUAGUGAAUGGGUCAGCCCAAUCCAUAUGGUCCCCAAGAAAUCAGGGAUCCAGGUGGUCAAGAAUGAGAGGAAUGAGCUAGUGCCCACCAGACUAGUUACCGGGUGGCGAAUGUGUAUAGAUUACCGAAAGCUGAACACUGCAACCAGGAAGGACCAUUUUCCCCUGCCAUUCAUCGAUCAAAUGCUGGAGCGACCGGCUGGGAGGAAAUACUUCUUUUUUGGAUGGGUACAGUGGUUACUUUCAAAUUUACGUGAACCCGGAGGACCAAGAUAA